AUGGAAAAGAGAGGCUAUGUAGCAAGCAAAGAGGAGGUUUCUUCCUCUAAACAUGAGGAAGGCCGAGGGGAUACACGAGUGUCUCCACACAAGCUUUUGCACAAACAAUUCUUCAAUUCCAGAGAGCAAAUGGAAGCGAGUGAUAGUGCUAUGGAAGGUGAAGAACGUAAAAUCGUUACUUCGCUCGUCCUUUGA